AUGAAUUCCCGCUCCGCUACCUUCCUCUUCCUCACCCUCCUCCUCACCCCCCUUCUCGCCGCUGCUUGGAAGCGCUCAGUGCCCGGCGGCUGGAGUAAGAUCUCAGACGUCAAAGAUCCGCACGUUGAAGAGAUCGCAAAGUUCGCGGUCGCCCAGUACAACGAGCAAUCCAAAGGCGUUGCAAUCGAAUUCAAACGCGUCGAGAGUGGCGAAACUCAGGUGGUUGCCGGAACCAAUUACCGCCUCGUGAUCGAUGCCAAGAGAGGCGAAUCGAUUGGCAAAUAUGAGGCGUUGGUUUGGGAGAAGCCAUGGGAGAAUUUCAAGAAACUUCAAUCCUUCAAGCCUGUUGCCUAA